GCAAACUCAAACCCUUCACCGCCGCCACAAAGCUUGUUCUUCGAUCCGAGAUAAUGGCGGGUAAAGGAGAAGGUCCAGCAAUCGGAAUCGAUCUCGGUACUACCUACUCUUGCGUCGGAGUAUGGCAACACGACCGUGUUGAGAUCAUCGCUAAUGACCAGGGAAACAGAACGACGCCGUCUUACGUCGCUUUCACCGACUCCGAGAGGUUGAUUGGUGAUGCCGCCAAGAACCAAGUCGCCAUGAAUCCCAUCAACACCGUCUUCGAUGCAAAGAGAUUGAUUGGUAGAAGGUUCAGUGACGCAUCAGUACAAAGCGACAUGAAGCUGUGGCCAUUCAAGAUCAUCCCUGGUCCUGCCGACAAGCCCAUGAUUGUUGUCAGCUACAAAGGAGAGGAGAAGCAGUUUGCAGCCGAGGAGAUCUCUUCCAUGGUUCUCAUCAAGAUGCGUGAGAUUGCUGAGGCUUACCUUGGUGUCACCAUCAAGAACGCUGUCGUCACUGUUCCUGCUUACUUCAACGACUCUCAGCGUCAAGCUACUAAGGAUGCUGGAGUCAUUGCUGGCUUGAAUGUUAUGCGUAUCAUCAACGAGCCUACUGCUGCAGCUAUCGCUUAUGGUCUUGACAAGAAGGCCACUAGCGUUGGAGAGAAGAAUGUUUUGAUCUUUGAUCUUGGUGGUGGGACUUUUGAUGUUUCUCUUUUGACUAUUGAAGAGGGUAUCUUUGAGGUCAAGGCUACUGCUGGAGACACUCAUCUUGGUGGUGAGGACUUUGAUAACAGGAUGGUUAACCAUUUCGUUCAGGAGUUUAAGAGGAAGAGCAAGAAAGAUAUUAGCGGUAACCCUAGAGCUUUGAGGAGGUUGAGGACGGCUUGUGAGAGAGCUAAGAGGACUCUUUCUUCCACUGCCCAGACCACCAUCGAGAUUGACUCUCUCUUUGAGGGGAUUGAUUUCUACUCUGCACUCACCCGUGCUAGGUUUGAGGAGCUCAACAUGGAUCUUUUCAGGAAGUGUAUGGAGCCUGUUGAGAAGUGCCUACGUGAUGCUAAGAUGGACAAGAGCACUGUCCAUGAUGUUGUCCUUGUCGGUGGUUCUACACGUAUUCCUAAAGUUCAACAGCUUCUCCAAGAUUUCUUUAAUGGUAAAGAGCUCUGCAAGUCCAUAAACCCAGACGAGGCUGUGGCUUAUGGUGCAGCUGUUCAGGGUGCUAUUCUUAGCGGUGAAGGGAACGAGAAGGUGCAAGACCUUCUUCUUUUGGAUGUUACUCCUCUUUCUCUCGGUCUUGAGACUGCCGGUGGAGUCAUGACCACCUUGAUCCAGAGAAACACAACUAUUCCUACCAAGAAGGAGCAGGUCUUCUCAACUUACUCUGACAACCAGCCUGGUGUGUUGAUCCAAGUCUACGAAGGUGAGAGAGCUAGGACCAAGGACAACAACCUCCUCGGAAAGUUUGAGCUCUCAGGCAUCCCUCCUGCUCCACGUGGUGUACCUCAGAUUACAGUCUGUUUUGACAUUGAUGCCAACGGUAUCCUCAAUGUCUCUGCCGAGGACAAGACCACCGGCCAGAAGAACAAGAUCACGAUCACAAACGACAAGGGUCGCUUGUCUAAGGAUGAGAUUGAGAAGAUGGUUCAAGAGGCUGAGAAGUAUAAGUCUGAGGAUGAGGAGCACAAGAAGAAGGUGGAGGCCAAGAAUGCUCUUGAGAAUUAUGCUUACAACAUGAGGAACACGAUUCGUGAUGACAAGAUAGGUGAGAAGCUUGCUGCUGCAGACAAGAAGAAGAUUGAAGACUCGGUUGAGGAAGCUAUCCAAUGGCUCGAUGGUAACCAGACUGCUGAAGCAGACGAGUUUGAAGACAAGAUGAAAGAGUUGGAGAGUGUUUGCAACCCCAUCAUUGCCAAGAUGUACCAAGGCGGAGCUGGUGGUGAGGCUGGUGGCCCCGAUGAUGAUGAAGCUCCUCCUUCUACCGGAGGUCCUGGCCCCAAGAUCGAGGAAGUCGACUAAAUUACUUCUGUUCCAUGAAUCAUUUUGGUUUGAGGCCCAGAAUUUCAGUUUCGGUGUUAUGUUUUGCUCUUGUUAUGAGCGAUGAUGUACUCUCUAUUUUCUGUUGAACAUUUUUCUUUAUUUCAAUUGCAGGUUUGAACUUCAGAUUAAUUGGUAUCUUUGUCUCUUUUUAUUGUGUGGUUUCAGUUUGCAUGUUUGAAUUUCAAUUGCUAUUUUUAUUUCUAAUUAAGAUGCAGGUUUGAACUUCAUCUCUUCGCUGCAUUUAUGUCUUGAGAAUAUCCACUGGGUUCUAAUUGCAUUGUUCUGAGAAAAUAAACUGGUGACUCUUCGGC